GGCAGUUUCAUCAAAAAUAAUUAUUAGAAGCACAAACUUAUCUGAUAUUUUUAUGUAUUGAUAGUUAGCAUUAUCCUCUGAUUAUCUUUUUUUUGGAGGAAGGGUGUGAUAACCUGAUAGUAGAAGCACAAGUUAGCCCAAGUAAGAAAUUAAUUCCUGUUCUGUUAUGUAGUAAAUUUUCAUAACUAUGAGUCUGUAAUCACUAAAUUCCGGCAGUGGCGAAGAACAGAAACUGUUGCUACAGGCUGAAGUUAGAGAAUUUUUGCCACUACAAACCUUCUUCAAUAAAAUACUAUUAUUUACAUAGAAGAAUCACAAAUUAUGUGUUGCAGUCUUUGUUUUGUGUAAACCUUUGUUGACAUGUUCAAACAGUCUACAUAUCAGGGAUCAGGUCUGGUUAGGUUUCUGAAUGUGACAAACAACAGCCAGUAUAGGACAUGAAAUGUUUUCUAGUCAUUGUUAAUCAAAACACUGUGCUCUUCUGAUUAUAUCACUUGUGCAUUCCCCACUGAAAACCCAUUCUCCCUCUCUUUCUCACUCUCCUAUUAGAAAGUGCUGAUAUGGACAGAUUUGAAAGUACGCUGGGGUGUUUUCCAUCAGGUAGUCCUGUAGGCAGAGCCCAGAGCUGGUGGGCUGUCCCUCCUGAGUGUUACACUGCUGGGACCCCUUCAUCUCGUCCUGAGGAAACCCUCAGGACAGCCUGUGCUUGGACAGGCUAAGUGUUUGGAGUGCUUUAGGUCAUUUGCUGUCACUGUACCCUCCCAGUGGACGGGGGCGUGGUUAUGUGGUAAUAUUUUAAAAUCUGAUGACUGUGUCGGUCGUGCCAAUGGUGUAAUGAUAAGACAUGCUGCACGAUACACAUACACACUCACUCACUUGAGAGUCCCUGAGGGUCGCAGCACAGUGGCUCAGGGUGACAGGUGUGUGGCCGGAGUGAAGGAUACCACACUUUUCCUUUGGGAUUCUGGGUAAAAAUAACACCUCAGAGGUCCCAAAUCCCCAAAACUAGCAACAACAUAGCUGCACUGGUGAAGGCACCAAAGAGCCCCCAAAACCCAAGUUAGAUCUGACCACUGAACCCUGAACACACUUGCUAAUAUGGUUUGUGACACUUGAAAUGACACUAAAAUACAGCAAAAUAUUUUUUUAGUCUGAAUUCUAGUAUUCUAACCAUGUUCAGGAUAGUCAUACAAUGUUGGAAACCUCAUAAGCAAAUCUAUGAGACAUGACUGAACACCAAAUGGUUUGAGGAGAGUGUGUGACAAUAUAGGCAUGUAGUUAGCAACAUGGUAAAACUAAUAAGCACAUCUGAAACACCAAAUAUAUGUCGGAUUGACAACAUUUGGGGUAAAAUAGGAACAAAUAUUGGGUGAAAUCCUAAAGUUCAUGCCAGCAACUCUAAACAAGACACAGUUCUAUGGCAUGGGUCAAAUUCAUUCAAUAAACAUACAAUCAUAAUCAAACUCUAAAUAUUAUAAAUGUGUUAUUAGUAUCCCAAAUAUCUUAUAGGCCCAAUGCUUCCUCUGUGUUUCUGAAUGUUAUUGAUAUAUCUGAGAUUCAGAACACUGCUCCCCUUUAUAAUCUCCCUCAUACUCUUCACUUUUCUCUUCCCCCAAAUCAUGCUCUCUUUCUAUACUUCUAUCCUUCUGCUCCCCAAUCUGUCUCUUCCCCACUUUCUUCCUCACUCAAACUCCACCUUCCACAAAAGAGGACCAAACCUCACCCAAUCACACCCUCCUCCGCUGGCCCUAUCGUUAAGUGGGCGGGAUGAUUAGAUUUAGAAAGAGAGCAGGGAGUGAAGUUGGAAUCUCAUAAUCACAUGGGGGUCUCUCAGGUUUGACUCAGGAUCUCCAGUGGAGUAUCAGAAGGCUGAAACCAGGUCUUAAGACUAGGGUGGUACACUGUGAGCUGGACCGAAAGACAACCAGAGACCCAUGCUGUUCGGGACCAGAGAUCCGGACCCUGGACGGGAUGUGGCGACAUGGACCCACACCACUCACUCACUCAGCCAUGAGCCGGAGCUGAAGAGUGAAUCGCAGCAUGUGAUCAGAGAGGACGUGGACGAGGUGAUUGGCUGUACACAGCCUAACUGCACUUGUGAGUGUUUCCGGCCUGGACGAGUCAACCUUAGGUCAUGUGAUCGGUGUAAACAUGGAUGGGUUGCUCAUGCAGUGAGUAAGCUGAGUGCAGGUGCCGUGCAAUGUUCGGGGCAGGUGGAAAUAGUGCAGUGCUCGGUAGUGUUUGAUAUCAGCACUCUGCUGCUAUACGGGACACAGGCUCUGCCGGUGCGUAUGAAGAUCCUGCUGGACCGGCUCUUCAGCGUUCUCACACACACACAAGUCAUCACCAUCCUACACACACUCGGCUGGACACUGCGUGACUACAUCAGAGGGUAUAUACUACAGGACUCCAUGGGAAAGGUUCUGGAUCGCUGGGUGAUCAUGACGCCGGAGGAUGAGGUUGUGACCCAACAGCAGUUCUUACGAUUUGGUGAGACUAAAUCCAUUGUGGAACUUAUGGCUGUCCAGGAACAUCAAGAUCGUCUGGCAACAAACUCCAAGACAACUAAAAGUGAUUCAGACAUCCGUUUGUUUAUUGAGAGCAGUAGCCACCACCUAGGCCUUCAGAGAGACACAGCUGGAGAUCAAACACCACCUAGCUUGCACCAUUUUGAAAACCUUCCAGGGGGUAACCUGGCAUUCCUGCAACCAUUUCAGUACCAAAGUCAAUCCACAUCAUCUCCGCUAAUCUCUUCAUCCGCAAUUCUACAGGAGGUCUCUGCUGUGGCCUGCAGACUACAGCAAACUGGACAGGGCCAUGGAACAGAUAGUAUAGAACCUCUUAGAGGAAGCAAAACAGCCAUGACAGCCACAAGUGAUGCAGAUGAGAAGAUAAACCGAGGUCUGCAACUUGACUGUAAACUUGACAACAGUGUUUCAUUGCUAGGAAAACCUUCAAACAAACUGCCAAGCAUUACAGUCACUGACCCUCGGGCUGUGUUCGUGAAAGGUGAGCGUCCAGGUUCCUUCUCUUGCUCUUCCUCGAGCGUUAGAGACCGUGGCCUUGGAUUAAUGGUGCGUAAAGGGCGUGUAAGCUGCAGCGCCUGUGGGAAAACAUUUUAUGACAAGGGAACCCUAAAGAUUCACUACAACGCCGUCCACCUGAAGAUCAAACACCGCUGCACCAUCGAAGGCUGCAACAUGGUGUUCAGCUCCCUCCGCAGCCGCAACAGACACAGUGCCAACCCUAACCCACGGCUACACACUCCGGCACUGCGCAACACACACUCACCUCAGCACCAGCUGCCCUCAGCCCAGCCCUGUGCCGCAGUUCUGCCCAGCAGAAUCAAACCUCCUCCGGAUGUGGCUCCUCCCUGUAUCCCUUCAUUAUCAUCGUCCAUUCUGGAGACAUCACACACACCACUCAUGUUCCCCUCCAUGAAGGCAGUCCAGCCAGUUCCCCCAUUCUACAGCACCAUGCUAUCUUCUAGACGUUCAUCCAUAUUAAAUUGCUCUGGUGAUGCCAAGACCAACAACAGAACAUCAGUGAUUGAUCAGACUCUAAAACAAAAACAUAUGUCCAUUUGCGAGGGUAAUAAUACAGCUGUGGUUCAACGUUCAGGCAAUCCAAACAAGCUGCUUAGCAUGGUCCACACAGUGCCAAAGAAGAAACCACGCAAGUCCAGCAUGCCAGUAAAGAUUAAAAGGGAGAUGUUCAAUGAGCAGGAUCACCAGAAAUACCUAGACAAUGGUAAUAAUGGUGAUGAUGAUAAUUAUUAUCACAGUGAUGACAGUGAUGAAGGCAGUAUGAUAGAUGCUUACCACAUUAAUGGUCAAAUGACCACGCAACAGUCCUCACAGACUUCAAUACAACCUUCCAGUGAAUUCAAUAUCAACAAAUUCCAUAUCAACAGUCACAACGACUACAUAUUCAGAGGCAGCAGAAUGCCGACCCAUGCAGGAGAUAAUCAUGAGGUUUCUGUGAUGGACAAUAAUAAAGUGUGUAAAAAUACUAUUCAAAAAACCCACAGAACCUCAUCCUGCUUCAACAUUGUCAACAUGAAGGAGAAAGCAGCCUCAGAGAAGACCAAAGGGGUGAUGAAAAAGAGGAUGAGGAGUGAGGGACAAAGCGGAAGAGAAGAAAUAGGUGAGCCUCUUCUAAAGGUUAAAGAGGAGGUGUACGACCCCAGCUAUGACCUUCACUGCAGCAGACACUGUGAUUUUAAUAACUGGGAAAACAGAGGAGUUGUUGCUGUGACAUCAGCUGUGAUUUCUGAUCAACGGAAAGACUUUAACUCCAGCUCAGAUCAGGAGGAGGAGGAAGAAAGACCAGAUGAAGAAUAGUAGAGUCUUCGUGCUUGAGGUGCAGCUAAAUGUGUAAGAAAUAAUACUAACAUUAUAAUAAUACUGCAUCUGUCUAAAGUAAGACGUCAUGUCAUUUGUCUUUAGUGUUUGAGCUUAAAGCAAGAGUUUAGUAAGAAGUCUAUUUAACAUGAUCAGUCAGUUUGCUAUAUAAUGUGUGUUUCUUCACUAAGAUGCUAGGCUAAUGUUGCUAACAAACUCUGGACUUUUUUUUUAAAUAAGUUUGUUCUCCUGCAUUCUACCUAAUUAUGUUGUCCAGAGUCCAGUAUUUCUUAAAAACAUUACAUUAGCACGAGUUGUUGUAAACUAAACUUGUGUGCUGGAAUGCUGAGCUGAAAGCUGAGUCUCUCAAAAAUGUCAUGGAUUCUUUUCUUAAAUAUUAAAAUGUAUUAUUUGGUACUGUAGACGUA